AUGGUGUCUCUAUGGCCCUGGAGGGCGGGCGAAGAUGCUGCCUCGUUCGAGAGGACACUCUCCACCCUCACCGGCAAAAUCAACAGAGCGACCGCCGUCAAUGACAAGCGCCGCCGGACCUCAAGACGCGCGCGCGUCAUGUGGACGCUCUACGCAGGAUUCGCGUACAUCCUGGCUGCACUGCUGCUGAUCUUGGUCACCGGCCGCCAGAACUGGGGCGUUGUCGAGGUCUCGGUCAUCGCGGGCAGUCCUGUGGUCAUCUACCUCGUCCGCUAUGCGCUCACCAGCUACUUCGACUACCGCAUCUCGAACACCGACGCCUACCUCCAGAAGCUCAACAAGGAGCGCGAUGCUACCAUCAACAGGCUGAAGGAGGCCACCAAGUACAACUCCACCCAGCAGCUGCUUGAGAAGUACGGCGCUUCGCCCAAGCAAGAAACGCCGCAGUCGACGCCGAACAGCAAGAAGCCGCAGGGCCCUGAGAAACCACCGCAACCACCAGGCCCCCGCACGGGCAUGGCACCUCCCCCCACGGCCAACAUCCAGCGUCCACAGAACCAAUCGCAGAACCCGUCGACCCCACAGCGUGCACCCACGAUGCCCACGUCGCCUCAAGCUCCACCAGCGCUACCUUCGCCGGGUGCCGAGUUCGCGCCAAACGCAUUCGGACCCGUCGACGCUGCGAAGCAGUACUCGUCCGCUCCCGCGACUUCGUUCACGCAAACACAUUGGUACGACCGCAUCCUCGACGCGCUUCUCGGCGAAGACGAAACCCAGCCCAAGAACCGCCUUGUGUUGAUCUGCUCCGAGUGCAGACUCGUCAACGGCCAGGCCCCACCUGGCGCGCGCACGGUCGAGGACAUUGGCAAGUGGCGAUGUGGGGGAUGCAAGGCAUGGAACGGCAAGGAGAAGCCGCACGAGGAGGUUGCGAAUCUCGUCCAGAACUGGGACGCCGAGCGCAAGGCGAAAGCAAAUGAGAUGGUCCGUGACGUGGAGGAGGAGGAGGAGGAGGAGGAGGAGGAGGAGGAGAAGGCGGAGGAGGAGGUUAGCGAUGAAGCUGACGGUAAAGACGAGCCCGUGGUGCAGGAGUCGGUUGGGGUGGACAAGGACGAGACGCCCCCGAGCAAGUCGACGCGAAGCAAGACCAAGGGCCGGGGCAAGAAGUGA